AGAUCCUCGGGGCAUUCAUCUCAGUCAUUUCCAUCUGGAUCGUUACGGGAGCUCUGGUCUAUUUAGCCAUCGAGAGGAUCGUACGCAACGACUAUGAGAUUGAUGGCCAUGUAAUGUUAGUCACCUCCGGGUGUGCCGUCAUCGUCAAUAUAAUCAUGGCGUACAUCCUUCAUCAUUCCACCACAUUCCACGCCCACGGCAGCGGCUAUCACCAGAUUGACGAGGGUGGCCAGAGUCCUGUCGCGCACGGCCACUCCCACACGCUUCUCGGUGGCCAUAGCAACACGAGUGUCCGCGCCGCCUUCAUCCACGUGGUUGGAGACCUGCUCCAGAGCGUUGGCGUCAUGGUGGCAGCGACCAUCAUCUACUUUCGGCCCGAGUAUAAAGUUGCAGAUCCCAUUUGUACGUUCCUGUUCUCCGUUUUUGUCCUCUGCACCACCGUCACCAUCCUCAGAGACGUCUUUAGGAUACUCAUGGAAG